AUGGCCCGAGACGCGGACGUGGGCAGCAACUCGCUGCUGACUUACCAGCUCACCAGCAACCCGUCCUUCAGCCUGGCCGUGCAGGAGGGCCCGGGCGGAAGGAAGCAGCCGGAACUGGUGCUGGAGAGCGCCUUGGACCGGGAGAAGCAGAGCUCCUUCCAGCUGGUGCUGACGGCGGUGGAUGGCGGGGACCCCGCGAGGUCCGGGACCGUGCAGGUUCGCGUGAACGUGACGGACGCCAACGACAACGCGCCCGUGUUCGGUAAAAGCGUCUACGAGGCGCGAGUGCGGGAGAAUGUGCCGGCGGGGUCGCUGGUGCUGCGUGUGCGGGCCACGGAUGCGGACGCGGGCUCCAACGGGCGGGUCUCCUACUCCUUCGGCAACGUCCCGGACGGCGUCCGCGCGCUGUUCAGCGUCGGGAGCGAGAGCGGCGAGGUGCGGACGGCGGGGCCCCUCGAUUUCGAGGAGAAGAGCAGAUACAGCUUCGGCCUGGAGGCGCGGGACGGGGGCGGGCUGACGGCGCACUGCGAGGUGCAGAUAGACCUGACGGACGAGAACGACAACGCGCCCGCCAUCACGGGGCUAGGAAACCUGCGUGUGGCUCCAUGGCUGGAAAAGUGA